AUGGUGAUUCCAAAUCCCAAACCCUAGGGUCUUCUUGGGCUGCGCUCCAGUCAGUGUCCAUCCAACAAUGGGGAGGAAGCGAAAGCUCACGCCAAAACCCGCCGAAUCCUUUGAACCCCCAUUGAAGCAACAGCAUCAACAGCAGCAAUAUGAACCAGAAGCGGACCAAGCUGUGGAAGACCAAAAUAAUGGAGCCGAUUACGAAGAAGUUGAAGUGGAAGAAGAGGAGGAGGUAGAAGAAGAGGAAGAGGAGGAACAAGAAGCAGGAGAAGGAUCUGGAGAUGAUAACGAUAAUGCCGAUCACGCCCAAAACGCGAACGAUCAGGCUGCUAAGGCCCAGUCAACAUCAGCGGCUGCAACAUCAGUAACCGGUCAAUAUGGAAAGGAGGAGGGGGAGGAGGACGACGAGCCGAUACAUACGCUUCUGGAGCCUUUCAGCAAGGAACAAAUUUUAAAUCUGCUGUGCGAAGCGGCCAAUAAACAUCGCGAUGUAGCGGAUCGGGUCCGAAAGGUGGCUGACGAGGACCCCGUUCAUCGAAAAAUCUUCGUCCACGGCCUCGGAUGGGACACAAACGCUGAUACCCUCAUCAACGUUUUCAAGCAGUACGGUGAAAUUGAAGAUUGCAAGGCGGUAUGUGACAAGGUAUCCGGUAAAUCCAAGGGGUAUGGCUUCAUCCUCUUCAAAUCGCGUCGUGGGGCUCGUAAUGCGCUGAAGCAACCGCAGAAGAAGAUUGGGAACCGAAUGACGGCCUGCCAGCUGGCUUCGGUUGGCCCGGUUCAACAGCCAGCCCCUGUACCAUCGACCCCAUCACAACCGGUAUCGGAGUAUACCCAAAGGAAGAUUUAUGUCAGCAAUGUUGGGGCCGAUUUGGAUCCUCAGAAAUUGCAUGUGUUUUUUUCGAAGUUUGGGGAGAUCGAGGAAGGACCACUAGGGCUUGAUAAGCUGACUGGGAAACCAAAAGGGUUCUGCUUGUUUGUGUACAAGAGCGUUGAGGGUGCCAGAAAGGCGCUGGAAGAGCCUCACAAGGAAUUUGAGGGCCAUAUUUUGCACUGUCAGAAGGCAAUAGAUGGUCCAAAGCCGGGAAAGCCUCAAUAUCAGCAACAUCAGAAUCCUCAGAGAACCCAAUUCCAGAGAAAUGACACCACUACAUAUGUUGGUGGGGCUGCUACCGGACAAGGGCACCUGAUGGCGCCAGCAGGACCUGGUAUUGGAUUUAACCAGCAGGCUGCGGCUGCACAGACCCUAAACCCAGCUCUUGGCCAGGCACUGACAGCACUGCUUGCAACUCAAGGGGCUGGCCUGGGACUGACCAACUUAUUGGGAACUCUGGGAUCAGCUGCUACAGUAAAUCCAGCCGUUCCUUCCGCAGGCCAUGGAAUGCAGGGUGGUUACAGUAACCAACCAAACAUAAGUUCGGGUGUCAUUGGUGGAUAUGGAAAUCAAAGCGGCUUACAGGGUACUUAUCCAAACCAGCAGGUGGGACAAAGUGGUUCUGGAAGAGGGCAGCAUGGUGUUGGCCAAUAUGGUGGUGUUGCCCCUUACAUGGGGCACUAGAUUCCACAUAAUCAGUCUUUUAUUACUGGCCUGGUGAUUCUUCUGAAGUUUAAGGAGCUGAUGCAAUGGCGUCUUUAUAAUGAAAUGUUACUUACAACAAUGAUCAGUAUUUAAACUAUCAAAUGGCGUUCUGUUUUCCCCCUCUUUUCCCAUCCUGGGUUCUAUUUCAAAAUAUUGUAUUUUAACUUUUUAUUCAUCUUCAAAAACCUUUGGAAAUGUUUUAGACUUUUAGUACUACCGUGAGUGUAUUUUUAUAUGUACUCAGUUUCAGAUGAUGAACUAAAGUCAUUUUAGUUUAUGCUUGUGUGUUUCACUGUGUCUGCAGUUGAUAUUCUAUAAUCUGUAUUAUGGGGUUUU